GAAGAAAACACACUUUAUGCCUCAUUCUGACGAAACAAAUACGAAAGCGGUGCAUCAUUGUUGUGUGUGUAUUUGUAUUCUGUCGGUCGAUUGCGAUGAAAGAGAUCAAGAUCAAGAUAUACCGAUAGAAACUUGUUGAAAACAUCAAGCAGGUAGUCAAUAAAUCUCCCAAGGAUACCUUGAAGAAUUCGCACACCAUAACGCAACUGCACGAAAUUAAUGCCAGUGACGUCAUCAGAGGCGGCCAUGUCUGAUGCCGGCGGCCGAGAGCGGCCCCUGUCGGCCGCCUUCGAAGAAGACGCCGCGUUCGCCGCCGAAAUCUCUGCCGCCAUGCGCGUGCCAAAACGCAUCCACGUCACGGGCGAGGGUGACGACGACUUCACCUCCGGCGCACGAAACGGCGGCACGAACGGCUCGUCGGCGUCGGCGCUGGGCGCGCGCAUGAUGACCGUGCCCGACCGGAUCGUCGUUCUCGGCGGAGAGCGUCACGGCGCCGGCGGCGGCCCUCCGCGCGAGCUGGUCCUGGAGCGCGCCUCCCAGCCGCCGGCCGGCCGCGACUGGGCCGUGGAGUCUCCGCCGCGUGUGCUGCGAGUCGACGAACAUCUGCGACCUCCCGAAGAGCCUCCGACUCCAGUGGGAGACGAUGAAGGAACCCCCGAACGGCGCGGCUUUGGCCGCGGUGCCGGAGAUCGUAGUGUGGUUCUCCGUGAUCAGUUCUCUCCGCCGGCCCCGCCGGGUUUUCUGAGCGCCUCGGAAGAGCUGGAGCUACUCCGACGUCAGCUCCUGAAGGUGAACCGGCGUCUGAUGCAGAUUGAGGUGGAGAACCAGCGACGUCGCUCACGGGAGGUGAUGUUGUAUACGGCCGGGGCUGCCUACUUCCUCAUCAAGGUGAUGCUCUGGAUGGGAAGGAUGUGACGUGAAGGACGUUAGACGGUGACGUGGUUGACGGUGAGGAUAUGUGAAGAGGCUGGACGGGCUGCUGUUUCAGUGGGGUACUGAAUGAGAGCGUAUCGAAAUGGGUCUGAGUGAACGGCAGGGAGUGCCUGGUUGGGCGAACUUUGCCUGUCGAAGCGGUGAGAGCAGUAUGUUGAGUGUGGUCAUUACAGGCGUGGUAUGAGUAUGAUGAUUCUCAGAGGGGCGUAAGACUAAAUGCAAAGAACCGUUCGCUGGUGAAUCAAGCCCAGGCUCAAGGCGGCUGAUUGACGAGGACAUUCAUUUUCGAGUGUUGACGCUUGCUGAGACGGGAUUGGUUCAGCCAUCCGGUAUAGUCCACUGACCACUCUACGAGAUGACCACUGACCAAUAACCAUGUAAGACUAUCCGCUACCAGCACGGCUUCAACGAAACCCUGGGGCCGGUUUCAGUACCGUGUCUGCCUGCUCGCCUCCUUCCGACAACCGCUGUACUGGCGUCUGACCGGACCCUCGACAGGUAGCGGCCGCUGAGACUGCUGACAUGUCUUUGAGCUAAACAGAAGCUGCUCCGCUGUGUUCGGUGCGCGUGUGGGUGCUUGGAAGUCACAAGAUAACGUGUGUUGGUGUGUGUGUCUUGAUGUCAGAGAGGGCUAUUAACUGGUUUGAGUUGAGUCCGGCGUUGGAAUUUUUGACGCCGUAGUGAUAUUUUGGGGGUUGUUGGUGAUCUGCAACAGGGCUGCGGAGUCGAUGGAUUUUCGGCGACUCCGACUCCGACUCCGACUCCGGCUUUAAAAAACCAGCUCCGACUCCGACUCCGACCCCGGGCAGAAUUGUCGACUCCGACCGACUCCAACUCCCGACUCCGACUCCGCAGACCUAGCAGGGCUGCGGAGUCGACAUAUUUUCGGUGACUCCGACUCUGACUCCGGCUAAAAAAAAAUAAAAUCGACUAAAAUCGACUAAAAUCGAAAUCGACUCUAAAAUCGACUCCGACUCCGACUCCGACUCCGGUCACAACUGUCGACUCCGACCGACUCCGACUCCGACUCCGCAGCCCUGGACUGAUCAAUGAGGCCAUUUACUCGUAAGUCGUAAGUGUACAGUUUGUGAAGAACUACCGAGAGGAAAAGUGAGGCUAGGACUCAAAUGAAAUGUUUGGCCGUGUGGCGGUACAUGGCUAGAUACGCGAUCACGCGGUGGGUGCCAGGAAGGGACGUGGGAGCGCCGUCAAUCUUUCAUUUUUAGUGUCAGGGCAUUGAGGAGUGGCAACAACGAGUAUGUAAUUGAUUCAAUUUCGAGGGGGCGAACCUGAGAAGCAUCAUGAUGAGGCUCAUUUAAACGACAGAAAAGCGUGCAAUGUUUUAUUGAUUCUCCGCUUAUGAGGCUCGUUUGGUGCGGAGAAGUUUUCACAUCUCUUUUCUUUCAUUUAGCAAAACAUGCUGCUCUCUGAUAGAGGAUUCAGUUACGACUUCGCACAUAGGUACUUAUUGUUUGGUCGCUUUUUUUGUAGCCUGUACUCUGUUUGGUAACGGUCCCUCCGCCGCGUUUUGUGUGAUCUCCUCCAGUGGCGGACAUAUGAUGCACUUUGUUUUGAUUGAAUGAACGCAGUGAUGCGAAUGUGUGCCCGUAUACUGUCGUACCGUAUACUGAAUACAUGUAACGAGGCUAUCGAA